UCUAGUGCAUAUCGGAGAGCAUGUACAAGCUCUUACCACACCUCGUACCAACAACCACUAUCCUUAUGUCUAAGCGUAAGCUAUCUUUGCAAGGAGUCUUCCUGCCCUUCUUUGUCAAAUCGAUGCAAUAUCGCCAUCGGCGCAACCCCUGGCGGCGAUGGUUAUGCUUUGUUCGAGAUAAUUUCGUUGAUGCUGUCAAGGGAUGAUUGUGUCCUUUGUCUAAC